AUGAACCAGCAGCUGGAUCCUCCGCGGCCAAUCAACUGGACCAUCAGGAAACUGUGCGCCGCAGCCUUCCUACCAUCUGUACGCCUCCUCAAGGCACAGAAAUCGUGGAUAGAAAGAGCCUUCAGCAAGAGAGAAUGUGUUCAUAUCAUAGUGAGCGCCAAAGACCCCCAUAGGUGCUUCUGCGGCCGUCUGAUUGGUCAGCACGUUGGCCUGCCCCCCGGCAUCUCCUCCAGUCAGAAUGAUAAGGCGGAGCGUCUGGUUAAGAAUGACAGCCUAUCGGAGAAAUGGUCUAUCAGCAAACACACCCAGCUCAGCCCCACCGACGCCUUCGGAACCAUCGAGUUCCAGGGAGGGGGCCACUCUAACAAAGCCAUGUAUGUGCGUGUGUCCUAUGACACCAAACCAGAACUCCUGCUGCACCUUAUGACUAAGGAGUGGCAGCUGGACCUUCCCAAGCUGCUCAUCUCAGUGCAUGGGGGCCUGCAGAACUUUGAGCUGCAGCCCAAACUCAAACAGGUCUUUGGCAAGGGUCUCAUCAAGGCUGCCAUGACAACGGGAGCCUGGAUCUUCACUGGCGGAGUCAACACAGGGGUGAUCCGGCAUGUGGGUGAUGCACUGAAGGACCAUGCAUCUAAAUCCCGGGGGAAGAUCUGCACUAUCGGCAUUGCCCCCUGGGGCAUUGUGGAGAACCAGGAGGACCUAGUGGGAAAAGACGUGGUCCGACCGUAUCAGACCAUGUCCAACCCGCUGAGCAAGCUGACUGUGCUCAACAGCCUGCACUCCCAUUUCAUCCUGGCCGAUAAUGGGACAACAGGGAAGUACGGUGCAGAGGUCAGACUGCGUAGACAGCUCGAGAAACACAUCUCCUUGCAGAAAAUCAACACACGUAUUGGUCAGGGAGUGCCAGUGGUGGCUCUGAUAGUGGAGGGGGGUCCUAAUGUGAUCUCCAUCGUGUUAGAGUACCUAAGGGACACGCCACCUGUGCCCGUGGUGGUGUGUGAUGGGAGCGGGCGUGCUUCGGACAUCCUGGCAUUUGGACACAAGUACUCUGAGGAGGGAGGGAUCAUAAAUGAGUCUCUGAGGGACCAGUUGCUGGUGACCAUCCAGAAGACCUUCACGUACAGCCGGACCCAGGCCCAGCACCUCUUCAUCAUCCUCAUGGAAUGCAUGAAGAAGAAGGAGCUGAUAACCGUUUUUCGGAUGGGGUCUGAGGGACACCAGGACAUUGACCUGGCCAUUCUCACUGCUCUUCUAAAAGGUGCCAACGCAUCGGCUCCUGACCAGCUCAGCCUGGCCCUGGCGUGGAACCGAGUGGACAUUGCCCGCAGCCAGAUCUUCAUCUACGGACAGCAGUGGCCUGUGGGUUCUCUGGAGCAGUCUAUGUUGGAUGCCCUGGUGCUGGACAGAGUGGACUUCGUCAAGCUGCUGAUCGAGAACGGAGUGAGCAUGCAUCGCUUCCUCACCCUCUCCAGACUGGAGGAGCUCUACAACACGAGGCAUGGACCAUCCAACACACUACACCACCUGGUCAGAGACGUCAAAAAGCAAGAAUAUCCCGUGUUCAGUUGGAUCUACUUCAAGGGUAACCUGCCACCAGACUACCGCAUUAGUCUCAUUGACAUCGGAUUGGUCAUUGAGUACUUGAUGGGCGGAGCUUACAGAUGCAACUACACCAGGAAGAGGUUUAGAACUCUGUAUCAUAACCUCUUUGGACCCAAAAGACCCAAAGCCCUGAAACUGCUGGGGAUGGAGGAUGACAUGCCGAUCCGGAGGAGUCGCCAGAAGACUACACGUAAGCGGGAGGAGGAGGUGGACAUUGACCUGGACGACCCUGAGAUCAACCAUUUCCCCUUCCCCUUCCACGAGCUGAUGGUGUGGGCCGUGCUGAUGAAGAGACAGAAGAUGGCGCUGUUCUUCUGGCAGCACGGGGAGGAGGCCAUGGCCAAAGCCCUGGUGGCCUGUAAGCUGUGCAAGGCCAUGGCCCACGAGGCCUCUGAGAACGACAUGGUGGACGACAUCUCACAGGAGCUCAACCACAACUCCAGAGAGUUUGGACAGUUGGCUGUGGAGCUGCUGGACCAGUCAUACAAGCAGGAUGAGCAGAUGGCCAUGAAGUUGCUAACCUAUGAGCUGAAGAACUGGAGUAAUGCCACCUGCCUGCAGCUGGCCGUGGCCGCCAAGCACCGUGACUUCAUCGCCCACACCUGCAGCCAGAUGCUGCUCACUGACAUGUGGAUGGGACGCCUGCGCAUGCGCAAGAACUCUGGGCUGAAGGUGAUCUUGGGCCUGCUGCUGCCUCCGUCCAUCCUGAGUCUGGAGUUUAAGAACAAGGAUGAGAUGUCGUACAUGCCUCAAGACCAGGACACCUACCUGCAGGAGAAGGAGGAGGAAGAGCCCGAGCCCGCCAAAGAAAAGGAGGAAGAGGACAUGGAGUUCACAGCCAUGCUGGGUAAGGUAAGCACGGAGGCGUCUCGUAAGAAGGGUGUGGGGGAGGUCCAGAAUAGACACCGGCUCAUCCCCAUGGGCCGGAAGAUCUACGAGUUCUACAACGCCCCCAUCGUCAAGUUCUGGUUUCACACAAUGGCCUAUGUGGCGUAUCUGAUGCUGUUUAACUAUAUUGUGCUGGUGAAGAUGGACCUGUGGCCCUCACCGCAGGAGUGGAUAGUCAUCGCUUACAUCUUCACCAAUGGCAUCGAGAAGAUGAGAGAGAUUCUGAUGUCGGAGCCAGGGAAGCUGUUGCAGAAGGUGAAGGUGUGGCUCCAGGAGUACUGGAACAUCACAGACCUCAUGGCCAUCCUCAUUUUCUCCGUGGGCAUGGUUCUCCGUCUCCAGGAGCCGCCAUUCAUGAGCUACGGAAGGGUCAUCUACUGCGUUAACAUUAUCUAUUGGUACAUCCGGCUGCUCGACAUCUUUGGCGUCAACAAGUACCUGGGCCCAUAUGUCAUGAUGAUCGGCAAGAUGAUGAUUGACAUGAUGUACUUUGUGAUAAUCAUGCUGGUGGUGUUGAUGAGUUUUGGGGUGGCUCGGCAGGCCAUCCUGAACCCCAAUGAGGACCCGUCCUGGAUGCUGGCUCGGAAUAUAUUCUUCAUGCCCUACUGGAUGAUCUAUGGAGAGGUGUUCGCCGAUCAGAUCGACCCUCCGUGUGGCCAGAAUAUCACCGCGGACGACGGGCAUGUUGUGAUUCUGCCGCCAUGUAAGACGGGAGCCUGGAUCGUUCCUGCCAUCAUGGCCUGCUACUUGCUGGUGGCCAACAUCCUGCUGGUCAACCUACUCAUAGCUGUCUUCAACAACACCUUCUUUGAGGUGAAGUCCAUCUCCAACCAGGUGUGGAAGUUCCAGAGGUACCAGCUCAUCAUGACUUUCUACGAGCGGCCCAUCCUCCCCCCUCCCCUCAUCAUCUUCAGUCACAUGACCAUGGUCCUCAAGCACCUGUGCUGUCGCUGGCGGAAGCAUGACGAUGAAGAGAGAGAUUAUGGCCUUAAGCUCUUCAUCACUGAAGACGAGCUGAAGAAAGUUCAUGACUUUGAGGAGCAGUGCAUCGAGGAGUACUUCCGUGAGAAAGAUGACCGCUUCAACUCUUCGAAUGACGAGAGGAUCCGAGUGACGUCAGAGAGAGUGGAGAAUAUGGCUAUGCGUCUGGAGGAGGUGAAUGAGAGAGAACAUUUCAUGAAGGCAUCUCUACAGACCGUGGACAUCCGUCUGGCCCAGAUGGAGGAGCUGAUUGGUCGGAUUGCUGUGGCUCUGGAGCGAGUCACGGGAGUGGAGCAGGGAGAGGUCAACAAGGCCCGCUCUCGCACCUCCUCCGACUGCACAGACUCAGCCUACGUGCUGCGUCAGGGUGAGUGCCCAGAUGCAGCAUACUUUUUGCGCCAGAGCAGCUUUAACAGCCAAGAGGGGAACUCCUACCGACUCAAUGAAGGUGCAGAGGGCUCCAUGUCGCCGCCCUCCCCCACCAGUCUGGCCAUGCGCACACGGAGCCACUCUUUCUACGUGGGGGGAGGUCGCGAGCGAGCCGGGGCCGACCGGGCUCACCGUUUCCUCAAGGAGCACUCCUUCAGCCUGCAACGAGCCAAUAGUUCACAGUCGGUGGCCUUGUGCUCUGCCCCCAAGGAGUCUAAGCCCCUCCCACUGGCCACGCUGUCCGUCUCCCAGCAGCACCGCCCCUCUUCCUGCGUCGACAUCUUUGUGUCGGCAUCCGAGGAGGAGGGGCCAGCCAAGGUCUUCUUCGACCCACUGAGGAUGGCCCCUCCCCUCCGGCCUGACUCCUCGCUCCACUCUGAGAUUAUGGAGGCGGUGCUGUCGAGCGGGAGGGACUAUGGUGGAGGCAGCGGGUUGGGCGACAGACACUCUGAGGGUGGGGCCGUGUUCGAGGACAGAGUGGCUGCAGACCUGUCACUAUGCUCCGCCAACCUGCUCCCAGAUAACACUGUGCCGCUCUGGGAACUGGACCCCUCUCCUCCACCAUCAGCGGGCCUGCUGGAGCGCUCAAAAAGCAGCCGCUACCUGUCCACUGGCGGCGGGGGCUACCUGGAAGAGCCUCAGCUGGUCAAGUCUCACAGCCUCAUGUUCACACCGCGAGGGUGCUAUGGAGGCCUAGGGGCAGGAGUUCAGGUCAAAGCGGCUGAGUACACCAGCAUCACCGACUGCAUAGACACCAGGUGUGUCUCUGCCCCUUACUCCACCGACGACUGUUGCCACUCCCCCGGAGGCUCCACCUCAUUCCCCUUUGACAAGCCCCCUGACAUGAGCUCCUCCCACCCAGAGCGCGAGGCCGAGCUCAGCCACACAGAGUCAGAACCUGAAGACCUAGAGGAAAUGGCCCCUGCCCCCGAGCCCCGUCGCACAGGGAGUGGCUUAGGAGGGGCGAGUGGAACCCCCUUCUGCUCGCCCUUCUCCAGGCUGGAACGAGCCAACAGCUGCUCCUCAGACGACUCCUCCCACCCAUCCUUGGCACCUCCUCCCCACAGAAAAAGCCUGUCGGUCAGUGAGAGGAUGGAGAGGGGUGCAGACCAUGGGGUUCUGGGGGAACCCAGGAACCCCUUCCUGAGGAGCAAGUCUGGGGCGCGGCCUGACGCCAAGACAGACAGCCUCUCCAUGAGGAAGCUGACCACCCCCUCUGCAUUCCGCAGCUUCAACAGCAGACACAACUACACGUGACAAUUAUGAAGGGAACAACAAUGGGAGAGGGCACAUUCUGUUAUACAGGACCAUAGGGCUGGCUGUGGGGAAAGCAAGGUCUAUGGGGAGGGAACCUACCAGUCUUAAACAAAGUGCUAUGAAGCUAGGGUAGUUCUUACCUCCUCCUCAAGCUGACUCUCAUUGUGUGUUUGGUAAUGGAGGCUAUGUACCGUGUCUGUCUACCAUUUUUUUUGUCAAGUCAACACACUAAUGCAUCACAUGUCACAGAACACUAGUCUAAUCCACAUAGAAAGUAUAGAGAUUUUUUUUAUACUAAUAACAGGUUAGUCAGAGUCUUUAGAAAAUGAUCAACUUGGCCACCUGACAAUAUAUGACUGUAGGUCAGUAUUGCCAAAUUUCCUCAGGUUCUCCUUAUUUUGUCUUUGCCCUUAAACCGCCCAUACCCAUGGAUAUGACUCUUUGCUUUUGUGCUUCCACCACAGACAUAGCACUGCAUGCUACUGUAACUGCAUGCUACAACAGCAGCAUAAUUUGUAACCUAGUCUCCAGGGUAAUUGUACGUAUCGCAUAUAAGCCUGAAACGCCAACUACUCAAAUCUGGCCUAUGUGGUAUUGAAAAAUAGUCAUGGCUCCGAAUAAAAAAAAAAUGUGUAGAGAGCUGAGGUGUUCGGAGGGAGGUGAUUGAUUAGAAAUAAAGCCAAUGGCUAUGGGUCAGGACUUUUUCCUGAUCAUUCUAUUGGGCUAAUGAAGGCCAUGUUGGAAGCUUUGGUCCACCAGACCAUCUGAACAUUAGGGGGAAGGGUCACGUGAACUAGAUUACAGCAGUAGU